UCUCGUGUGCGCACGGAACUGCAGAGCUGAGCUUUUGGAACCGUUGCUGCAGCUGCUGCUGCUGUUGCUGUGUGACCAGUCCCGGCGGGAAUGGAAACAUCUUCUGCUGCAACAUCCUAAAUCUAUAUUUACAUUUUUUUUUAAAAAGAAAGAAAAAGAAAUGCCAUGCAGCACGAAUGCAGAGGACGGUUUGAUCAGGCUGGUGGCAGACAAAGCUGAGGAUCAGGGGAUGAGGUUAUAGAAACGACAGCAGAGACAGGAGGAAUAAAGGACGAGGGAAGCCAGUUGCUCGGAAACUCCUCUUUUGCAUCUUUUGCACCCCGCGCUCCUCUAAGGCGUUGACUGACCCUGUAAAGGAUUACACAUUCACACCCCCCUCCCCUCUUCACCACCAUGUCUUCCCACCUUAACCCUCCCCUUCUCAUCCUCCCCAUCCUCUUCCUUGUACUUCCUCUCUCCAUCGCUUCUACCUCUACUACUCCUUCUGCAUCCCCCUUUCUCUCCUUCUCCCCUCCUGAAGGAGGCCUGACACAUUUGGUGGUCAACAACAAAACCGGCGAGGUCUACUUGGGUGCCGUCAACUGGAUCUAUAAGCUCUCCAGCAACCUCACCAAGCUACGAAGCCACGUCACCGGCCCUGUCACAGACAACCCUCGCUGUUACCCUCCACCUGGUGUACAGUCCUGCCCCCACGAGCUGGUGCAGACCUCUAAUGUCAAUAAACUCCUUCUGCUCGAUGCUGCCCACAACCGCUUGAUUGCAUGUGGAAGUACUUCCCAGGGAAUAUGCCAGUUCCUGCGUCUGGAUGAUUUGUUCAAGCUGGGCGAACCCCACCAUCGCAAAGAGCAUUAUCUAUCCAGUGUGGCCGAGGCGGGCACCAUGUCGGGCGUCGUGAUUUCCCCGGAUAUUUUUGGAGGCGGAGGGAAGCUCUUUGUCGGCACUCCUAUCGAUGGCAAGUCUGAGUACUUCCCCACGCUGUCUAGCCGCAAGCUGAUGUCCAACGAGGAAAACGCUGACAUGUUCAGCUUCGUGUACCAGGAUGAGUUUGUCUCUUCCCAGCUCAAGAUUCCCUCAGACACGCUCUCAAAGUUCCCCGCGUUCGACAUUUACUACAUCUACGGCUUCAACAGCGAGCAGUUUGUGUACUACCUCACCUUACAGCUCGACACCCAGCUCACUUCCCCAGAUGCGGCCAGCGAGCAGUUCUUCACCUCUAAGAUCGUCCGCCUGUGUGUUGACGAUCCCAAGUUCUACUCCUACGUUGAGUUCCCUAUUGGCUGCACCAAGGACGGAGUGGAGUACCGCCUGGUUCAGGAUGCUUAUUUAGCCCGGCCGGGGAGCCGGUUGGCACGUUCGCUUGGUAUUCAGGAGCACGAGGAGGUUCUAUUUACUGUGUUUGCGCAGGGUCAGAAGAACAGAGCCAAGCCGCCGAAGGAGUCAGCUUUGUGCCUGUUCACAAUGAGGCAGAUAAAGGAGAAGAUUAAAGAGAGGAUUCAGUCGUGCUACAGAGGAGAGGGGAAACUCUCCCUGCCCUGGCUGCUCAACAAGGAGCUGGCCUGCAUCAACUCGGUAGUGGAUGGCUUGUCUUUGCUCAUACUCAUAGAUGAGCUGGCCUAA